CAGAGGCAGAACACCAGACCCAGAGGGGAAGUGGGAAGGAGAGAAACACACUUACAGCAACAGGGUGAGAGAGAGAGAGCAAGAACCAGACCCAGGGUUUGCACUGAUGGAUUCGCAGCCCGGGGGGAUCAGAGGGGAUGGUGCCCAGGAGCCCAGAUGAAACCAGAAGCGAUGUGACGGGAGGGGGAAGCAGGCACCGUCCGCAGCUGCACGAGCUGCCCUGGGAGCCCGAGGGUGGGAAGCCCCCGGCCGUCUGCAGCCGAGGCGUAGGCGUGAGGAGGUGAGUGGCUGCACUCGCUGCCCCAAGGGACAUCCUGCAGCCCAGGAUCCUCUUUCUCACGGUGACAGGCACCCUACCUGGGAGCCCGCAGCGCUGACACACGCACGCAGCCUGGGGAGGCUCUGCCACCGAGGGCUUGUCGGGGAGAUUCCCGCUGAUACCGGGGAUGAACCGCGGUGCCAUGCACAACACAGAGCGCAAAAACGGUUUUUGGAUGAAUGCUUUCUUAACAAGAACAAGGAAGAGCACCUGAAGUGCAGAAGGAAGCUGAAACGCUCCCUGCAAGCUCCUGGCUCCAGCUGACUACAAUGGAUAUCUGUAAAACAUUUGAAAACGCCUCCAAAUGCAGUGUGAACGGCACGCCCAUGGAGUGCUUCAUGGUCCUCAGCACCCAGGCACAGAAGAUAAGCAUCGCCACGCUUUGCGGCCUCUUUGGGACGCUGUGCAUCUUUGAGAACUCUGUGGUGCUGUACCUGAUCUUCUCCUCCCCUGGGACCAGGAGGAAGCCUUCCUACAUCUUUAUCAGCAGCCUGGCCUUGGCUGACCUCCUGGCCAGCAUCAUCUUUGUCAGCAGUUUUGUUAACUUCCACGUCCUUAAUGGAACCGAUUCCUCUAAAGAGCUGUUCCUGCUGAAGCUGGGAGGGGUCAACACGUCCUUCACAGCCUCCCUGAGCAGCCUGCUGCUGACAGCCCUGGACCGCUACGUCUCCAUCAGCCGGCCCUCCGAAUACAAGCUCCUUGUGACGAGGAAGAGAGCGUGGGCAGCCCUGGGGGUGCUGUGGGCGAUGUGCGUGACCACCGCCUCCCUGCCCAUCCUGGGCUGGAACUGCUGCACGCUCAACUCCACCUGCUCCGAGCUGUUCCCCUUUGUGGAUGACAACUACCUGUCCAGCUGGGUCUGCCUCGUCAUGGCCCUGCUGGGGUGCAUCGUCUACGCCUACGCGCACGUGCUGUGGAGGGCUCACCAGCACGUGGCCUACAUGGGGAAGCACCAGGCGCAGGUGGGAAAGCAGAACAGCAGGAUGAGGAUGGACGUCAUGCUGGCCAAGACCCUCGUCAUGGUGCUGACCGUCCUUGUGCUGUGCUGGUCGCCCGUCCUCAUUCUCAUGAUCUACAGCAUCUUCACCAAGCUUACCAAUCACCUGCGCAAGGUGUUUGCCUUCUGCAGCACUCUCUGCCUGCUCAAUUCCAUGGUGAACCCCAUCAUUUAUGCCCUGCGGAGCAAGGAGCUGUUCUCCUCCCUCAGGGCGGUCUUUUUCCGCUUCAAGAGGCGGCUGAGGGGCACGGAUGACAGCCCAGAAGGGGACAGUGGCCACAAGUCCUCCGUGGCAGAGACCGUCUGCGAGGAUGACGUGCACGUAACGUAGGGAGGCAGCAGGUGGGAAGUCAGCGCUCAGGCUGGGGGGAGCCUCUGCAUCAUUUUUCUUUUGGAUUGCUUUUCUUUUCUCUUCUUAUGGAGGUCCUGGGGGGUGCCUGGCAUGGCCCCAGCUCCCGCUGAUGUUAUUCUGGGACACUGGGACAUGAAGUGCCCGGACUGCCAGUCCCUGGGCUGCUGGUGCCGCAUUACAGUGAGAGCAGCGAGGCAGUGGGUAACGCCAGACCCCAAAACAGCAAAUCCAGGUGUUUGGUGGCUGCUUGUCCUGCCUGGCCCCCAGUCUGUCCACCAGUAGCCUCCUAACCCAUUUUUCUUACAUUCAGUGAUAUCUCCCUUAAAAUGUAGCUGUAUUUGGGUGCAACACUCCGCACACCUCCAGGUUCUCCAGCGGUCCCCAGCCGCCACAAACACCUCUGAGUGCCCCUGGGUGAUUUGUCCAAGUGCCACCAGCAAAGCACUCACAGCACCUCGCUGGGAGCCCAGCAGCUGUGGAAACAGCCUCGUGUGCUGUGCCGGGGCACUCGGUGGUAGCAGCACGGUGACAAGAGGUGGCAAAAAGUGACAACAGGUGGCAAAAGGUGACAAGAGGCCUUGGUGUCCCGGCAGAGGCAGGAGGGAACAGUGGGCUCGGGGACUGUCCAUGAAGUCGUGACACCGCCGGGAUGCUGCGGGCACGUUUCCUGCAGGCAGCUGACGAAGCCGACCUGUGCCUCGCAGCGUUGGCUGCUGUGUGAUUAAACCUGAGACCCUGCUCGA